UAGAAGGCGGGGCAUAACCAGCUGACCACGCCCCUAGUCAAAUGAAGGCAUGAGAGGUUCGCUCGAGCUGAUAUGAUUGUGUUCCAGUGACUCGACGGGAAAUAUGUGCACUUCAUUUCCAGGUUCUAAAAUUAAAGAACCGGAUGAUUUGAUCGCGGAGCUGAGAGCCGCUCAUCGCCCUCGCCUGUACGGUACCGCCGGCUGUGAGACAUGGAGCGUCCGCUUCUCCCCUGGAGGAUCAUAUUUUGCCUGGUCCAUGGGCUACGGCAUUGUCAAAAUCAUCUCCUGGCCGUUGACACCCAAAGAUGAGGAAAACAGUGAGGAGAAGACGCUUAACUGCAAACAGACAGUGUGGGCUUUGGCAUUUGGACCCUGUUUGUCCAACCGAGUGGAUGCUUUUCACAAGAACAGACAUGAACAUGAGCUGCUUCUGGCCACUGGUCUGAACAACGGUGCGAUUCAAGUGUGGGUCGUUUCAACUGGAAAUCUGCUGUUUACUCUGACCGAACAUCAAGCUCUUGUCAGAGAUUUGGUCUUCGCUCCAAAUGGAAGUCUCACUCUUGUGUCGGCCUCCCGAGACAAAACUUUAAGGAUAUGGGACUUGGCAAAGAAAGGAGCCAAUCCACAUGUGCUGAAGGGUCCAGAUAACUGGUUGUUCAGAUGUUCCAUAACACCUGACAGCAGUGUGAUUGCCUCAGUCUGCAAUCUGGACUCUAAAGUCUAUUUGUGGAGCCUGCGGUCCUAUACCUUUAUGAGACACCUUACAUACCACCACGAGCGUGCUAUGGUAUCAUGUGACUUUUCCCAAGAUGGAGCGCUGCUCGCAAUUGCUUCGUACCAUUCCGCUACAGGCUGGUGGCUGGAUCUGUGGGACCCCUAUACAGCCGUUGUCCUGACUAGAGUAGAAGACUGUGAGGUGUGUGCAUACAGAAGUGACAAUCUGCUGACGUCUAUGUGUUUUUCUUCUGUUGGCCUGCUGCUGGCUUUCAAGGACUACAGGGCGUUACAUAUCUGGGAUGUGGAACAAGAUAAACUAGUCACGGAUACAGAUCACAACCGCACUGGUGGGGUGUGCUGUGCUUUCCAUCCACAUGGGGGCGUCAUUGCUACAGGGUGCAGAGAUGGACACGUAAAAUUCUGGAGGGUCCCUUGUCUUGUUCCGAGCCUCAAGCAUUUGUGCCGGGUCGCCCUGAGAUACUCCAUUUCAACAUAUCAGGUGGAGGCUCUUCCCUUGCCGAAGAAAAUUCUGGAAUUCCUGACUUACAGGGACAUUCCAAAGCAAAAGAGCUUAAAUUGUAAAGAGCACUGCAGCUGAGAAAUGUUUGUGGCUCCCAAAGAUGACAGGCUUCAUACAUUGCUUCAAAUUGCAACAUACUUUUUGCAAGGCUGCCUCAAUUCCAGUCAGUUAUGUGUUUGAAUAAAAACAGACACUGAAUAAAUAUUUUAAGUAUAUUUAAAGACUUUAUUUUUACAAAACUUUUUCAAACUGUAGCAUUUUUCUUUUUUACAAAGCACUGAGCAAAACUUUACUUAAAGCAUAAAAAAUAAACAUAUUCAAAAACUACAGGUUUUGGAGCAUAGAUGUGUUUUAGUUUUUUUUUUUUUUACAAAACCAUUGUCAACACUGAUCAAUAAAGAACUUCCUCUCAUGACAUCAUUGAUCCAUGUGACACCUUCAAAAUUGGGAACUACUGGUCUACCCAUCACUGACUACUAUGUCUCUAACUGCCUGAAAAGCAGCAACCAUUGAGCUCAGCUGGAUCUUCUCAUUUGUUCCAGAGGACAGACGAUACCUUACAGAUAUAAAAAGAACUGAAUUUCAGAAACUGUAUAUUAGCAUUACAGUGUGCUUUACGAAUUGUCUACUGCUUUAUUGAUUUAUUUAUGUAUGUAUGUGUGUGUGUGUGUAUAUAUAUAAAUAUAAAUAAAAGAUACUCACUCAA